AUGAUGGCAAGAGGUAGUGUCGCUUGCAACGAGAUCCGCCUGGUCAAGCUGAAGCCGGCACAGUGUGCGGUUGGCGGACGCGACAAUAUGAUUGAAGUCGAGCUAUUCUAUGCACCCCUGGACGGUACCACAAAAUUCGAUGCCCUUUCGUACGUUUGGGGCGAUGCCGCCAAAACCCGGGACAUUUUCGUCGACGGCGAAAGGUUCCCUGUAACGCUCAAUCUAUGGAACGCGCUGCACCAUAUCCUCGCACGCCCUGGCACUACAUUAUUCGGCGGUGAGGAGAGUGUAUGCAGGUCUCCGCACAAGGAGGGUUCAAGCGCAACCGAGGAGGGCUCAGGCGAAACCUGGCUCGCUGUCACCACGUCGUUAUGGAUAGACGCCAUCUGCAUCAACCAAUCAUCCUUGACGGAACGGUCCGAGCAGGUCCCGCGUAUGGACGACAUCUAUUCGAAAGCGUCGAAGGUUAUCUAUCGUAUGGCCGCAAAUUUCCAUGCCACAUGA